AUGGGAAGAUACGGUCAGUUUUUUCUUGUUGAGCUAAAUUAAAUGAAAAAUUUUCAGGGCUCGACAGUUUUGACGACUCGAUAUCUUUGGAUCCGGCGACUAUCAACGCGAACGCUGUGAACGGUCCAGUGGAACCUGCCGACGGCUCUGUCGUCGGCAGGCCCACCUCUGGAGCUGCCAGUAAGUUGCUUUGAAGAUUCCGCGUAGGCGUCAUCAUGAUAUCUAAUAAAUUUUUGAUUUUCUAUUGAUUGAAGCUUUCAAAUCAAUAUAAGAAUUCUUUUUGAUCAGGCGACCAAAAAAUUAUGUUGAUGAUUGAUAGCUGGAUUUAAAUUUACAUUCUGAAGUUGUAAACGCGAAAUUUCAGCCGCGACAUCGCAGGCGAUAAAACUUGUCUCAGCCGGCCCUGCUCAUAAACGUCUCAAACUCGACGAAGCAGUUUAUUCUGGUGGUAGGUAUCUCAUGUGGGGCUCUUUGCGACACGUUUCUUUAGAACAACAUUUUUUGAAAUCGCAGUGGAUUCAGCUGCCUAGACUAGCUUUUCAAUUUUGAGAGACAUAUUUUCAGCCACGCGGAACAACGUCGGCUCACUGGUUAUUCGGCCGAACUCGGAAGGCAACUUCGUCAUUCAAGUCGGUGAGAUUUUUUAGAAUGUUCGAAAGAAUAUAUAAAUUCAAGAAAAUGAAUAACUUUCAUACUUAUUUUCAUUGCAGAUGCACCGGUCCCACCACCAUACAUCUAUGUCAAUGGCAAACGCUAUCGCCGCGAGGAUGAAGAAGUAGAGAAUGAAGUGGGCUUGACCGAACCGGCGGCUCUGACUGAGGAUUAUUUUAACUCUCCUCCAACGGGUGCGUUUAAAACUAAAACUGAAAGGCACUUUUCGCAUCUCGAAAUGAAUAAAAAAGAAAAAAAUAAUACAUUUUUGUCAUUAAGUGAGGUUGAUUUAAUGCUUUGAUCCAAUUUAUCGAUAUUUAAAAGUUAUGAAAACUUUGAACUGUAGGAUCAUAUCUUUGAAAUACAUUUUUUGAUUGAAUUCAGAUCAAAAGGGUCGAACUUUCAAAUUUCGAAGACUUUUGGCGUUAAAUUUUAUCGGAACUUUUGAAAUUCAGAAGAAAGCAAGUACUACACGGCCGCGGACUUCCUAAACGAAACGUCGGACGGAUCACCUGCCGACGCCAUUCAUGGCGCCGGCAGGCCCACCAAUUUCUCUCUCCUUGUGGCGUCGCUUUCCACCGGUGAGUGGCUUGAAAAAUCUCAACAUUCCAAGUCGAAAAACUCUCAGUAUGAAGUAAACUUUCCUGAAAAACCUUACCUUAGGUAGAGUUUAUAUUUAUUCGAAACAAAAGCGUUUCUCAUAAACUUCUGAAAAUUCUUAAUAUCAUUCAGAGAAAGCUUCAGCUAAAAAAACUUCUGUUUUCACCGAAAAUUUUUUUGUUGAAAGUUCAAAAAAAUUUCGAGUGUAUUUCAAAUAUGAAAAAUUUUAGAAACGCUCAAAAAUCGGCGAACCUUUGAUGACUUCGACCCCGAAAAAGAAAGACAAGCUUCGUUUCCGAGAUCCAGCCAAGACUCGAUUUUGACACGAUGUUGGAUUCGCACAUGGUAAAUUCAUCAAAAUCAGUUUUCGAUUUGCACCAAAAAUCUGCGAAAUAUCCUUGGAAAAAGUUAUUAGCAUCAGUAAGAAGAAAAAUUUUGAAAAAAAGUGGCAUUUUGAACUGCUGGAACGUCUUGAGAAACCUUGGAGAUUUUAAUUUGGCAUAUAAUAUUUUUAACUUUUGAUGAUCUUAAAUAACUGAGUACUGUGGUAUCUAACACCAAAAAUCUGUUAUAGUGGCUAAUUUUCCUCAGUCUGUUUAUUGAUCUAUUCACUUUCAGCCGCAAACUGACGUCGACAAUUAAACCACCCCGAAAGCAAUAA